AUGAACACGUUUGCGAGGGCGGUAUUGCGUCUGCGGCGGACCCAAUUGGCGGCGAUGAGUGUCCCCACCGCUCUUGCUCCCUCUUCUCUCUCCACAACCAUCCCACCUUUGUCUUCGUCAAUACAAACAACUUCUUCUUCUUCUUCUUCUUCUUCUCGCUUAACUACCAAUUCCUCGUCUCCUUUACAUCCCAACACGGCGAGGUCAAAUUUCAGAUCCCAGCCUGCGGCCGUCAAUCGUGCAGCCCAGCUAACAAGACAUUUUACAACUUCCACUAAUUCUAUUGACCCCGCCAUGUCGUAUUCCAUUCGCAAAGUCGGCGCCGCCCACACUCUCGAGCACCGUGUGUACAUCGAGAAGGAUGGUGUGCCUGUGUCUCCUUUCCACGAUAUUCCCCUGUAUGCCAAUGAGCAGCAGAACAUUUUGAACAUGAUUGUCGAGAUUCCUCGCUGGACAAACGCCAAGCAAGAGAUCUCCAAGGAAGAGUUUCUCAACCCAAUCAAACAGGAUGUUAAGAAGGGCAAGCUGCGUUUCGUUCGCAACUGCUUCCCCCACAAGGGCUACCUUUGGAACUACGGUGCCUUCCCACGCACCUGGGAAGACCCCAACGUCGUCCACCCCGAGACCAAAGCCAAGGGUGACAACGACCCAUUGGACGUCUGCGAAAUCGGUGAACUUGUUGGUUACACCGGUCAGAUCAAGCAGGUUAAGGUCCUCGGUGUCAUGGCCCUCUUGGACGAAGAAGAGACCGACUGGAAGAUCAUUGUCAUUGACGUGAACGACCCUCUUGCCCCUAAGCUAAACGACAUUGAGGAUGUCGAACGCCACCUCCCUGGUCUUCUCCGCGCGACCAAUGAAUGGUUCCGUAUCUACAAGAUCCCUGAUGGAAAGCCCGAGAACCAGUUUGCCUUCUCCGGCGAGUGCAAGAACAAGAAGUAUGCUCUUGAGGUCAUUCGCGAGUGCGCUGACGCCUGGGAGAGACUCAUCACCGGUGCCACUCCUGCUGGAGAUAUCAACCUUGCCAACCUUACCAACUCCAACUCCAAAGACUUGGUCGACCAGAGCGCUCUCUCCAAGAUCCCUGCUGGCGAGAACCUUCCUCCUGCUCCUAUCGACGGCAGUGUCGACAAGUGGUUUUUCAUCUCCGGUGCUGCUGUUUAAGCCGUCUAUCUCACAGGCUUGUACAUGAAGUACAAGCCAACUGAUGUGGGACCUAAAAUCCGUCCUAUACCCCUCGUGAUGGCAUACUUGAUCGAUAAGCUUCUGGCUUCCUGCAGCCAGGCAGUUGAGCUUAUCUGAUAUCAAAAUUCAAAUCAUACAAGUCCAGCGAAGUUUUUUGUAUACGUUGUUCUGUCAUAGCUAUGGACAGUAAAACGAAUCCAAAAGACCGUAAUACGAGAGUAUUCCCUUUCAAAACAUGAAAAAAAAAAUCCCGGAUUUG